AUGUGCGUGGAUUAUACAGACUUGAACAAGGCAUGCCCAAAGGAUUCUUAUCCCUUGCCGAGCAUAGAUAAGCUGGUGGACGGAGCUUUGGGGAAUGAACUUCUGAGUUUAAUGGAUGCUUAUUCAGGAUAUCAUCAAAUCAAGAUGCAUCCGUCGGACGAAGACAAAACAGCUUUUAUGACCGCAAGGGUGAACUACUGUUACCAAACUAUGCCUUUCGGGUUGAAGAAUGCGGGGGCGACGUAUCAGCGGUUGAUGGAUAGGGUGUUUGAAGGCCAAGUAGGAAGGAACAUGGAGGUAUACGUUGACGAUAUGAACGUCAAAUCGGUUCUGGGAUCGAAUCAUCAUGAUGAUUUGAUGGAGGCCUUCGGUAGGAUUUGGAAGCAUAAUAUGAGGCUUAAUCCGGAAAAGUGUUAUUUCGGCAUACGGGGUGGGAAGUUUUUAGGCUUCAUGACUACGUCCAGAGGAAUCGAAAUCAAUCCAGAUAAGUGCAAAGCGAUCCAGGAGAUGAAAAGCCCGAGCAACGUGAAGGAAGUGCAGAGGCUAACCGGGCGGAUCGCUGCCUUAUCCCGUUUUCUCCCUCACUCGGGCGACAAGUCAGCCCCGUUCUUCAAAUGCCUCAAGAAGAAUGCAGCAUUCGAGUGGAAUUCAGAGUGCGAGGAAGCCUUCACCCGCCUCAAGGAAAUGUUGUCCGCCCCACCAGUCCUUUCGAAACCUGUCCAAGGCCUACCUUUGCAUUUAUACCUCUUUAUUGGCGAUCACGCAAUAAGUUCGGUGAUCCUUCAGGAGGUGGAUGGAGAGCAAAAGAUAGUUUAUUUCGUAUUGCAGAAGCCAGAUUUGUCAGAAAGGCUUGUCGCGUGGUCCGUGGAGUUGUCGGAAUAUGGAUUGCAAUAUGACAAAAAGGGAAAGGUUGGCGCACAAACCUUAGCGGAUUUUGUGGUGGAAUUGACGCCGGAAGAAGGGAAAAAGGUGAGCACGCAAUGGAUAUUGUUUUUCGAUGGGUCGUCGAACGAAAACGGAAGCGGGGCUGGGAUCACGCUGCAGGGGCCCGGGGAGUUGGUGUUGGAACAGUCCCUCAGAUUCCAGUUCAAAACCAGCAAUAAUCAGGCAGAAUAUGAGGCUCUUAUUGCGGGCUUAAAACUAGCAAUUGAGGUGCAAAUUGACAGUCUACUGGUAAGAACGGACUCGCUGCUAGUGGCAAGCCAGGUCAAUGGGGAGUUCCAGGUAAAGGAGCCGGCCUUGAUAAAGUAUGUGGAGCGCGUGCAGCAGCUCAUGGGUCGUUUGCAACAGGUGGUAGUUGAAUUCGUGCCGAGCACACAAAACCAAAGGGCGGACGCCCUAGCAAAGCUGGCAAGCACUAGGAAGUCUGGCAACAACCGGAGUGUGAUUCAAGAGACACUCGCCAAUCCCAGCAUAGAGGGGGAUUUGGUGGCUUCGAUUGUUCGCCAGGAAACUUGGACGGAUCCCAUCAUUGACAUUCUGGCGGGAGAGCCUAGUGACGUAAUAAAGUACUCAAAGGCGCAAAGGAGGGAGACGGGGCACUACACGCUACUCGACGGGAUACUCUUCCGGCGAGGAUUCAGUUCGCCCCUCCUAAGGUGUCUUCCACUUGAGAAGUACGAGGCUGUUAUGACGGAGGUCUAUGAUAAAAUACUUGUGUGCUCUACUUCGUUCUCCUUAGCACCUAGUUCUUAUCUUUAA